AUGUCCAAUGUUGCUAGGGCUCAUGAUUUUAUUGCAUCGGGACACAUGGUAGAUGGCGCAAAGGUGGAAAAUACUCUUGGAGAGGGCUCGUGGGUACCUAUUUUGAACCGCUUUGUGCACAAGCUUGGAAAGUUUAGCCUCGACCCAUUCCGUAUGCUUGUUGUGGACCUCAUGCACGAGUGCGAACUGGGCACCUGGAAAGCGCUGUUUACACAUCUAAUCAGGCUUCUGUAUGCCCUUCCACAAGGUAGCCAGCUCGUUGCGAUCCUCGAUAGCAGAUUUCGAGAGAUCCCGACUUUCGGUAACGGCGUAAUUUGCAAAUUUUCGAACAACACUUCUGAAAUGAAAAGAUUAGCAGCAUGUGAAUUUGAGGACAUCCUGCAGUGUGCCAUUCCGGUGUUCGAAGGGCUAUUUCCCCCGGACCACGAUGCAAUUGUGCAAUCUCUGCUUUAUCAGUUUGCACAAUGGCAUGCCCUCGCAAAGCUCAGGAUGCAUUCAAGGUCUACAAUCACCUUUCUUGAAGAAACUUUUCAGAAGCUUUCUCGCAAGUUACGGAAAUUACGAAACUUUACCUGUGCUGCCUUCAAUGCUGUUGAAUUACCCAGAGAAAAAGCAGCUCGUCAAAAAAAGGCUUCUCAACAUUCUGAAAACGGCGGCAACAUUUCUCAAGAGUCCAGCCGCAGAGAGAAAUCCAAGAAGUUCAAUUUACUGACAUAUAAAUUCCAUGCUAUGGAAGAUUACGCGACAACUAUCAGAUUCUUCGGGACCAUGGAUUCCCUUACUACUCAGAUAGGAGAACUUGCCCACAGAGCCCUCAAAGCAUUCUACCCGCUAACCAACAAAUUAGAUACACCAGCACAAUUGGCCAAACAUGAGCGCAGACAACGUGUUCUGCGGCGGGUAGCGGAAGCAGAUGGAACUGUGUCCUCCACAAGCAACCGAUCGCAAGCCGAUGCUCCCCCUUCAGUGUCCUCCAAAAUGCACCACCAUAUCACAAAUUCGCUGAAUAAUCCCAUCAACUUGUUUUCUUUUCUCCGAGAAAAUGACGGUGAUCUGGCUGUCAAGAAUUUUAUACCGAAACUGAGGGAUCACAUACUCUAUAGGCUUCGGGGAUUAGACAUUAGUCACUGCGACCACACCUUUACAGACAACAAACAAAAUGUGGUGAUCAUUCCCAACAACAUCAUUUACUCAGUUCAGACCAUGCAAGUAUACUACACAACUUACGACAUAAGGCGCGAAUACGACACCAUCAACCCCAGAGCUCACAGUGACGUUAUGGUCCUCUCAGGCGAGUCAGCGCCCAGACACCCAUACUGGUAUGCCAGGGUGUUGGACGACUGGGAGGAGCUCUAUGUUGGAAUAUUCGUUGAUCGAGACAUGUUCAUGCAAUAUACCCACUUAGGCGUAGGACAUCCCUUAGCAUUGCGAAGAAUAGCCAGGGACUGCUUUGGCCCUCUGUUGGCGGCGUGGGCUGAUGCCAUGGACGUUGUGAAUGACGAGGAUGAUGGAAACAGUGAAAAGGGCAGUGAUGAUGAAUGUUCUGAAGGAUGUGACGAGCUUGGCGAUGGCCACGAUAACAACGACAAAGGGCUUGAAGAAUUAGAUGAAGAUGGAGAGGAUCAACUCAGAGAUGAAGGGUGUGAAUAUGGGUCCAGCCCGAGUGACGAGGAACAGGAUGACGGGGAUGAAUUCAAUGAUUUUUCCUUCUAA